AUGACUUGUAGCGCCGAUAUCAUCCAAAGGCGGAUUGCCGGUCUCCACGUCACUUCCCGGAAUACCUACCUAAGGGGCUAUUUAAGCGAACUGGCAACUAUUCGGCCUGACGAUAGCCUUGCUAACAUAUAUCAUAUAGUUAGCGACGUAUUUCUGCCAAUCUUAGUAGACCUUGCGUCGGUCUCGUCGAGAGAGCCUAUGACAAAGGCGUUAGGCUGGGAGCUGACACCGACGCAGCCAUCCACUCCCUCCGAGAGGCAUGGACAGACCGUUACACUGCGACGCCGCUAUACACGAGGCAUGGCGAAUGGACCGUACGACGAUUCCGAGCAGCCUGCGGCAAGGGAUGUAGGUCGUUGGUUGCAAGAAAGACAGCUUGGUGUCUCGGAUUGGAUCGGAUCACAUACCGCGACUCCGGCGGCCGCAGACAGGUUCAGGUGGGCGGGGGCUGGCGUCGACGACCAUGAGCGCUCGGCUGAGCUAGGUGAUCCGAUUGGCAAGGGUCCUUGA